GAUACACGGAUUAAUAUACAUUGUUUGAGCGAUUGAUUUCCUUUAAUGCGGAACCUCUUGUUCAACAGCGUGUUUUUUUUUCCGGUAGGGUUUGGGAGAAGCGCAACAACAGCACGUUGGGGCGCGUUCCAUAUGUGGUUUAAAGAGUCUAGAUAGUGCGCACUUAACAUUUUAGAAGCCCGUGUUUUCCAGUGGCGAAGUGGCAAGUGUUACAUGUUGGCGUUACCGGGUGCACUCCAGUCUGCUUUCAAGUAGCUAGAUAACUUUAGUUUAUCGUUUAGAUAUUCAGCUUUAUGUAUUAAUUACCGGUUCGGUAAUUAAUACACAACAGUAGUUAGUCUACUUAAACGCAGGUACGCGAUUUGGGACGCGCCCUCGUUCUGAAUGGGAGCAUGGAGGAAGAAAGCAGAGCGGCUGAUUCGAGCUGGAUUAAACAGCACCCAGCAUACCAAGACCUGAUGAAUCUGGAUGUUGGUGACAGCGCUCAGGUCUAUGCAGCAUUCCUGGUUUAUCUGGACUUAACAGAAGUUCGUCGCUGGAAGGACGUGGUGGGAGUCGCGAGCUCUGAGCUGCAGGCGGUUCUGCUGGAAGGCCGUGAGAAGGAAGGUGAACCGGUACAGGUGGUUUAUCCACUUCCCUCACACAGAACCGUCAGCCACAAAGAUUUGAGGUGUAUCCUGGACCGAGGAAGCCCAAUGCUGUUGUGUGCAGUGGCCUCAGACUCCACCCUGGUGUACCAGCGGCUGUGUGACGGCCUGCUAACCCCGGACCCUCCGGUGGACAUUCAGGACCAGGGCCGGAGACAGCACCGCAAGAGAAGACUCCAAACAUGACCAUUACAUGACCAUGUAAUGGACAUAACAUUGUGGAAGAUUCUGACUGAAGUUGAGGGGCAGUGUUCAGCCCACUGUCUCAGAUUUAGCUUUUUAUAAUUUAUCUGAUGGCUGUAUUUGAAGGCAGCUUUUCAUUGGUGGGCAAUAAGGCUGCAUGAUGGGGUCAGAAUAUACUCACCUUUCUGUAAUGACAGUAUUAUAAAAAAGAUCAAAAGUGCUUGCACGGUUAAGAAGUGUGCAGUUCUCUUUGACCUUUAUUAUUUUUCAUAAUAUUAAUGGCUCCUAUCCAGAUGGGGUGUGGCACAGGUACCUUCAGUGGCUUGUGGUUGUAAAUACAAUCCUCACUCUAGUCUCUGAAGGAGUUUAGUGUUUCUUUGUGUGUGUCCUCCUAGGUUAGGUGAACUGGGCGUGCUAUAGCCUGUGUAAUGGGAUAACAUUUGACAGACAUUUCCUUUGGACAGUCCUACAUUUUGGACUCAAAAUAAACAAUAAAUUAUAUAUACACUAGUGCAUCUCAAAAAAAUUAAAUAUAAUUGAAAAGUUACUUUGUUUCAGUAAUUCAGUUCAAAAUGUGAAACUCAUAUAGCGUUAUAAUUGUUUGUUUAUUUUAUUGUUGAUGAUUAUGGCUUAGAACCAAUGAAAACCCCAAAAAUCAGUGUUUUAGAAAAGUAGAAUAUUCUAUUAGACCAAUUGGUACUUUUAGCAGUGUGGGCAGUGUGCCAAAUCCUGCUGGAAAAUGAAAUCUGCAUCUUCAUAAAAGUUGUCAGCUCUGAUUUUGAACUUGAUAUAACACAGUGGAUCAACACCAGCAGAUGACAUGUCUUUUUAAACCAAAAUUGAUUACUCUUUGUGUAAUACAUCUAUAUAAUAUUUCAAAUUACGUUUCACAUUUUGAACUGAAUUGCUAAAAUAAAGUAAAUAUAAACUUUUCAAUGAUAGUCUUAAUUUUUUAGAUGCACUAGUAUAUAUCAUAUAUAAAAGACAUAAGGCUCCAUUCAUCAAUAUCUUCCCAAGACAAAUUUUAAUCAGAUUACUGAUUAAAUUAAUAAAUGCUCUUAUAGUGAUGGAUCACUUUUGUCCUCAUAAAUUAAACAAAUCCCGAUUAAGAAAAUUUAAAUCUUUGCAAAAAAACUGCAAGUGGGAAAAAAAAAAGAUUUUUCUUCUUAAAUACAGUUGGUGAAUAAAGGCCUUUGUCAGUGAUUACCCAGUGAGAUCAGCGCAGAGUGGAAGGAAUACGCAAAACUCUUUGAUAUUGAAUAUUUCUUCAUUUUGGCAAUAGUUUUGAACAGACAGUAUUGGGCACUUGUAUCAUACACAUAUGUAUGAAUUCAUAAAAGGAAAGCAAAUAAAGUAAAGCAGAUUCUCUUG